AUGGCUGAGCCCGAAUAUGACCCCUCCGUCCCCCAAGGCGGCGAUCCAACAAAGGUCGACGUCAACACUCAGUACGCUGGCUUCGAGUUCAACUACGUCUACAUCCUGGCCUGUACCUUUGUCGUGUACCUGAUCCUGCCCGGAAUCGGACUCCUGUACAGCGGUCUGGCAAGGCGCAAGUCGGCGCUCUCGCUGCUGUUCCAGGCGUUCAUGAUCCUAGCUGUAACAACAUUCCAGUGGUUAUUCUGGGGCUACUCGCUCGCAUAUUCCCGCGAUGGGGGCCCAUUCAUCGGCACGCUCAAGAACUUCGGCAUGAUGGACGUGCUGGUCGCCCCGUCAGUGGGGUCACCCGUGCUCCCAGAGAUCCUGUUCUGUCUGUAUCAGCUGCUGUUCUGCGCCUGCACCGUGAUGAUCGUCGUCGGCGGGGCCUUCGAGCGAGGCAACAUCGUCCCCUCUCUGAUCUUCAGCUUCUGUUGGGCCACAAUCGUCUACUGUCCCCUGGCCCGCUGGACCUGGAGUAGCCAAGGCUGGCUGUACAACCUGCCCGCGAUUGACUUCGCCGGUGGAGGCCCCGUCCACAUUGCGUCGGGGUGUUCCGCGCUGGCGUAUGCUCUCGUCCUAGGCAAACGGCGCCACGACGGCGAGGCCUCGCUGCGACGCCCGCAUAACCCUACCCUUGUCUUCCUGGGGACUGUCUUUAUCUGGACGGGAUGGCUCGGUUUUAACGGGGGGUCCACUCUCAACGCCAGCAUGCGCGCCCUAAUGGCCAUCUUCAACACCAACACAGCAGCCUGCAUGGGCGUCCUGGGCUGGGUCCUCGUCGACAUGCUCCGCAACAAAGGCAAAUUCUCCGUCGUCGGCGCCUGCGAAGGCGCCAUCGCCGGCCUGGUAGGCAUCACGCCCGCCGCAGGCUGCGUAUCGAUCUGGCUCGCAGUGGUGAUCGGGUUCAUAACAGGGAUAGUAUGUUCACUGCUCCAGAACGUCAACGACUGGCUGCACAUCGACGAGGGCAUGGACGUGUUCAAGCUUCACGGGGUCGGCGGCAUCGUCGGCGCAUUUCUGACGGGUUUGUUCGCUACGGAGUCUAUCUCGUCGCUAGACGGUGCUACACUCGCCUCUGGCGCUAUUGAUGGUAAUGGUAUCCAGGUGGGGUACCAGAUUGUGGAGAUAUGCGCGAUCUCGGCUUACUCGUUUGCGGUGUCGUGUGUGUUGUUGCUUGUGUUGAAGUAUAUCCCCGGGAUGAAGCUGCGGGUUGAUGAGCAGGGGGAGAUGGUGGGGCUGGAUCGGGCACAGUUUAUUAAUGAGCAGAUUGGGGAUUGGACUUUGGUGGAUGGGUUGGCGAUGUCGCCGAUGCUGGUGGGGGUCAAGCAGGAGCAGGGGUCGUUUAUAAAGCAUGAAGCGGGGUAA